UUGUCCACAAGGAUGCUUUCUCCGAUCCCUACUAUACUCACUGUACACUCACAACUCUGUGGACAAAUUCGGCUCUAACUCCAUCAAUAGAUGACACCACUGUGGUGGCUGGAUCUCAAACAAGAACAAGACAGAGUACAGGAAGGAGCUGGAGAAUUUAAUGACAUAGUGUCAGGAAAACAUCUUCUCCCUCAAUGCCAGCAAGGCUAAUUAUCGACAUCAGGAGUACAUGCCCUAAUCAGAGUAAUAGUGCCAAAGUGCAAUUGGUUGAGUUCCUUGAUGUAGAUAGUAAAGAAACAAUCUGCCCUGGACCGACUAUUUUGAAGCUACAGCCAAAAGGCAACCUAAUAUCUCUGUUUCCUCAAGAGACCAAGGAAACUUAUCAUGUCUCCAAUAACUCUUACCUUGUACAGAUGCACCAGAGAAAGCACAUUACCAGGUUGCAUCACAGCUUGCUUUGGGAACAGCUCUCCUCAAGACCACAAGAAAUUGCAGAGAGUUGUAGAUGUAAACCAGUCCAUCACACACACCAGCCUCCCCAUCAUUGACUCCAUGUACACUUAGCACUGCCACGGGAAAGCAGCCAACAUAAUCAAGACACACCCUCAUUCAAUACCCUCAUUCCUUCUUCUCCCUGCUCUCAUUGGGCGAAAGAUACCAAGCUUGAGAGCAUGUACCACCAGACUCAGAAAUAUCCUCUUGCCUACUGUUAUUAGACUUCUGAACUCUCAAUCCAUCAGCUAGAUCAGCUUGGGUACAAACCUGAUUUUCCGACCUGCCCAUAGAAUGCAUUAGACUUUGUCUUCUGGAACUGUCAUACUAAAAUACUGAGAAACUAUAUUCUACAUUGGUAUUUUUCUCUUCACUCUACCAGUCGGACUUAUGCUUGGCUUCAAUGUAUUCAUAUAUAGUAUUAACUGAUUUGAAUGGCAAACAGACAAAAGCUUUUUAUUAUAUCUCACUGCACGUGACAAUAAUGAACCUGAAGUUAAACUUCACUUUAGCGCACUUCAGACCCACUGUGGGUUAAAUGGAAUAAUGGAAGAAGAAAUGUCUCUUUGUAGUCAUACAGCAUGGAAACAAGCCGUUUGGCCAAACUUGCCCAUGCCAACCAAGAGGCCUCAUCUACACUCCCACCACUUGCAUUUGCCCCACAUCCCACUAAACCUUUCCUAUCCUUGUACCUGAGUUCUUAUUAUAUGUGUUGAGCACACAAUGAGAUGGUACAUAUUGACCUGGGUAGGAACUUCUUAUUUGCUCCUGCACUAGCCCCGCAAGCAUUUUUAUGACUGCAUGCCAGCUAUAGAUGACAUGCUGUCAGGGUUAGGCUUAAGGUUAGGCCCUCAUCACCAUGGACAUCUCAUAAUCAAUGAAUACCUCCCAGGCAGUGUAAACUGAGAUUCAUGACAAAUAAGAGCAGGUAUAGGCCACCCAACCAAUUUAGCUUGUUUUAUUCACCCCAACACUAUCGCCAUGUCCAUUGAUUCCCAUAAUAUCCAGGGAUCUCUAAAUCUCUUUUCUAAAUACUUUUGGGCUUCCAGAGCCUUCCUCGGCAGAGGAUUACCAUCUACUGAGACUUUUCUCUUCACCUCAGACCUAAGCAGCUUACUCUUUACUCCAAAACAAUGGUCCUCUAGACUCCUCAAUCAGGAAAAGCCACAGUCAUAAAGUCAUGCAGUACGGAACAAGGCCAUUCAGCCCUACUCAUGCAUGCCAACCUAGAUGUCCCAUCUAAGCUAGCCCCAUUUUCCCUCUAAACCUUUCUCAUCCAUGCAUCCAACUGUUGUUUAAAUGCUGUUAUAGUACCUGCCUCAAUUACCUCUUCUGGCAGCUCAUUCCACAUAUCCAUCAUCCUCUGAGUGAGAAAAAUUGCCCCUUAGGUUUCUAAUAAGUCUCGCCCAUCUCACCUGAAACCUAUAUCCAAAUGUAGCCUCACCAACGUCUGGUACAACAUAAGGACAUUUCUCUGAAUCGUAGAGCCCCAAUAAAAAGUCCCAAGGACAUAACGUCCCAACUUUCCUCUGUUCUACAUUCACCUACCAUUCACUGUGAAGGUCCUGCCCUGGUUUGACUUCCUAAAAUACAACACCCUGCAAUUAUCUGCAUUAAACUCCAUUAGCCAUCCCUCAGUCCACUUGCCCAGUUAAACAAGAUCCUGCUGUGACUUCCCUACACCCAGCUUGCCAAGCCCUUUAAGACUGUUGUAAGUUUCAAAGUUUUCAUUCUUCUCAACUAUGAAUGCAGUCCCAGUUUAUUCAAUCUCUUCUCAUUGAGGCAUACUAGCUAUUACUGCAACCAUUUUCCUUCCUGUGCUCGAUCAAUGGCAAUUACAAUCUUUAUUGGGCAAGGAGACCAGAAUUGUACACACAUCUUUGUACACAAUAAAGUUUGUUACCACUCAAAGGAAUAGAGGCUGCCGAUACACUGCACAGGUAAUUGUACAUAAUUGAUCUCAAUUUUAACAACAUGGCUUACAGUUUAUUACUUAAGCUUCACACACAAUAAAUUAAAUCACUGUUUCAGCAUUCUAAAAUGGCAUCAAUAUUUAUCCAAUUGUAUCAAAUACGCAGUAACAGUUACAAAGCCUAAGUGACAUUGCAGGAAGUAAGUGAAAAAUAUCUUUCCACAUGAUAAUUAAUUAAUCUGCUGUAUAAAUCCCUGCCUGAACAUACCUGUCAAAGUAAAAGUUGCACAACAUUUAGAAACACAGAAAACCCUUCAGCAUAACACUGCCAGUAAAGGGUGUGGCUUGACUGUGCCCAAGAUCGAAGGAGACAACUGUUUUAAUGGCCUCUCAAACAUAUCAGUGAGAAAACAUCGUCAAGGUUGCAGGAAAGAAGCCUCUUAGUUUUCAAAAGGGUUUUUCUGCUGUUGUAUUUGCAUUUUUAUUUAGCUGCAUAAAAGGCUGCGACCAUUUCCUAAGGACCAUGUACACUGCGAAGACUGCCUGUGCCUGGGGUUGGUUCUUUCUGUGCUGUUCAGUGAGAGCAUGCACUGUAGUAGAUGAUCUUGUGGGAGCCAAAUGCCCAGGAGAUAUCAUCCUUGGGGGAUUAUUUCCAGUGCAUCAGCAGGUGACGAAUUUAAAUCACCUUAAACCUGACCCACUAGAAUGCACAGGAUUUGAUGUCCAGUCCUUUAUCUGGGUCCAGGCUAUGAUACACACCAUUGAAAUGAUAAACAACUCCUCACUACUAAAUGGUAUUAAACUUGGAUAUGAAAUAUAUGACUCAUGUUCCGAUGCCUCCAAGGCCAUCAUAGCUACAAUGAAGUUACUUUCUAAGUCAAAUUCCACGGGCAAUCUUCUGGAGGUUCGUUGCAACUACACUGACUACAAGACAACUGUGAAAGCAGUAGUGGGCGAAGCAUAUUCUGAACUGUCAAUUCCUAUAGCAAGAAUAUUUAAUGUAAUGCUCAUGCCUCAGAUUAGUUUUGCAUCAUCUGCUUCCAUUCUCAGUAACAAGGGGAGAUUUGCGUCAUUCUUACGCACUGUGCCAAGUGACAUCCAUCAGACGAAGGCUUUGGCCAAACUUGUCAGCUAUUUUAAGUGGAACUGGAUUGGGAUUAUCGCAACUGAUGAUGAAUACGGCAAGUCUGCAGUGACUGACUUUGUUUCACAUGCACAGAAGCACAAUGUUUGUAUUGGUUUCAAGGAACUGAUUCCCACUUACGUGUGUGAUAUCCAGAGUCACGAUCGGAUAGAGAACCUGAUUUCAAAAAUUGAAAAAACCCCCAAUGCAAGUGUUAUUGUUCUGUUUGCGAAACAAUCAAUUGUUGUUAAACUGUUCAACGAAAUCAUCCGGCGGGGGAUCAAUCGAACAUGGAUUGCCAGUGAUGCUUGGUCCAUGUCCAGAGGAGUUGCAAAGAUGAAGAAUAUAAAAACAGUAGGAAACAUUAUGGGUUUCUCAUUUAAGACUGGAUGCAUUCCUGGCUUUUUGACACAUUUAAGAAACCUAAGGACACCACCUCGAGGAUUUAACAAGUUCAUUGAAAAAUACAAGCAACUUCAUUCCAUUUGUUCAACUCAAUUAAACAAUUACACAGAAACGUGCAAUGCAUACACACCGCAGUGCCCGUUUCCAGAGUCCAAGAAACUGAUACAACCUGUGGAUUGUGACAAAACAAAUGAAGGCUUGUCAGAUAUAGAUGAAGAUGAUAUAAGUCAUAAUAUCGAGUUAGGUGUCACCUAUGCAGUAUAUUUGGCAACUAAAUCAAUUGCUUAUGGUCUAAGGAAUCUUCUAAAAUGUAAAGAAGGGGCUUGUGAGAAAAACCUUGAUUUUCAACCAUGGAAGGUAGAUAUUUUCAGUCUAUUAUUUUUCUUUAUUUGCUGUAAGCUAUUCUCACUUGACCAUGAAUGUAAUGAUUUACUGGAAGCAUUAAAAACGAUGCAUUUCAAUGAAGGUUCAGGAGAGUUUUACUUUGACAAGUUUGGGGAUUCUAUAACUGGAUAUGACCUCAUACAAUGGGUUAUGCAUGAUGAGUUUACCAAGUUUAAAACCGUUGGAGAAUACAGACUCCAGGAUAACAAUAUACAUAUUUACAAUGACGCCUUCAAAAGCACCGGAAAGGCUGUGAUUUCCAAUUGUUCCCGGUCCUGUAAACCCGGAGAAAGGAAGAAUGCAUAUUCCUUACACACCUGCUGUUAUGAGUGUGUGCCUUGUGCUGAGGGAUACCAUUCUGCAGGAUGGGACAUGAAUGACUGUUUGAAGUGCUUUGAUGACCAGUGGUCUGAUGCUGGAAGUUCUGCUUGCAAUAACAAGACCAUUGAAUACUUCAACUGGAAUGAUGGGUUUGCAAUUGUCCUGGUGGUCUUUGCGUCUUUGGGGAUACUAUUAGUAAUUGUGAUUUUUAUCAUAUUUUUGCUGAAUUUGAAAACGCCAGCAGUAAAGAGCUCUGGAGGUUAUUUCUGUUUUGUAAUUCUCUGCUCACUGCUCUUCUGCUUUAUAAGCACUGGAUUUUUCAUUGGUAAACCAACAGGAUUUCACUGUAAAAUUAGACAGCCGCUCUAUGGAAUAAGCUUUACAAUAUGUGUUUCUUGGAUCCUAGUCAAAUCCUUCAGGAUCAUUCUGGCAUUUAAUUUUGAUCCACUUGUCCAUCAUCAGAUGAAAAAAAUGUAUAAACCAAUAGUAAUUCUAGUAAUAUGUACUCUGGUGCAAGUUAUUAUUUGCACAUUUUGGUUGUUGUUUAACGCACCUAACUAUGUACUAAAUAAUACCAUACCGAAAGUCUUAUUACCAAAAUGUGAUGAGGGCUCCAAUGUGGCAUUUGGUAUUAUGUUGGGUUACAUAGCUCUACUUGCAUUUUUUUGUUUUUUGGCUGCUUUCAUGGGGAGGAAGAUCCCAGAUAUUUACAAUGAGGCCCGGUUUAUCACAUUCAGCAUGCUCAUCUACUUGAUAGUGUGGAUUUCUUUUGUGCCUGUGCACGUCAACACUGAGGAUAAAUAUCUCCCAGCAGUUGAAGUAGUUGCCAUUCUUGCGUCAAACUAUGGCAUCUUGUGCUGCCAUUUCUUUCCAAAGUGCUAUUUCAUUUGUUUCAAGAAAAACCAAAACACCCCUGAAAGCAUUAGGAAGUAUUUACGAGAGCAUAAUGCUCAAAAAGGUCAAGUUAACUUUCCUCAACCUUCGGAGGUGGCUGAAUGCUUUUGGUCUGCACCAGUAUCUCCAGCUACUGUGAACAGCCAAGUUUCUCAGAUACCUAUGAGUAAAUAAAUUGGGACAGGAAUAUAUUGCAACCUACAUUAUGAGAGUAAGGGGCAAUGACUGAUAACGAGUAUGCAACACUGGAUUUUUUUUAAAAUUUGGAUUUAACGUUAUAGCAACUGUAAAUCAAUAACUUUUCUGGUUCUUAAAUCUAGUAAAAGGCAACUUUUAGAACAUGAGUUGCAAAGCAACCCCAAAGUUCACAUGGCAGAACUAACCCAUGACUAUAUCACAGAGGAUCCAAGAUUGGCUAAAUUUAGAUAUUUGCCAGAAGCUUGUAAUUGCUUUGCUUAUGAUCUCCAUUGAUACAUUGAUACAUUGAAGGCUCACAAAAACCUUAAGGGCCUGUCCCACUUGGGCGUCAUUUGCACGUUAUUUACGCGACAUCCUAUAAAUUGGCACAUCGUGACGCGCGCAUGGCGCGUGGUGAGGCGUGGUGGCAUAUGCAGUGAAGUGCGGUAACGCGCGGCGCCCCACGCCACCUACGUGACGCGCAAAAGAUGCCCAAAGUGGGACAGGCCCUUUACUGGCACACUAUGUGCUGCUUCCUUUCAAAAAUGUUUUUGUUAAUUUGUUAAUUAAUCCAGAGACACCUCAAUUUAGCUCAGAUUACAAUUGGAGAAAGGUAGAUUUAGUUUAUUUUAGUUUAGAGAUACAGCGCGGAAACGCCCUUCAGCCCAUCGAUACCAUGCCGGCCACCGAUCCCUGCACACUAACUCUAUCCUACACACACUAGGGACAAUUUACAUUUUUUUUACCGAGCCAAUUAACCUACAAACCUGUAUGUCUUUGGAGUAUGGGAGGAAAUCAGAGCUCCCGGAUAAAACCUCAUCACAGGGACAACGUACAAACUGUGUAGAGAUAGCAACUGUAGUCAGGAUCGAACCAACGUUGCUGGCACUGUAAGGCAGCAACUCUACCGCUGCGCCACCGUGCCGUCCUGAUGUAAUUCUGCAUCCAACCAGGAAUAAUUUGGAGUAUAUAACAACUCAUAAAACGAAUAGUUAUCUGGCUGAAAGGCAGAGAAUGAUGAUAAGGAAAAAGAUCAUUUUUCAGUGGCAAGUAGUAUACCGAUUCUCAAUUCCAAAAUCCAUCAAAUCGCAUACUUGAAGUUUUUAUUUUAAACAAUGGAAUUGAAGGUGACUUGUAGAGGUUAUCAACAUGUUCACUUACUGUGGUUGGUCAGGGUGCCCAACAAUGACUUUUAUGUAGCUACAUUAUGCAUGGAAAUUGCUAAUCAAAUGAGUUCAACUUGUUUUUCCAGUUGUUAGAACUGGUCAGAUUUCCUUGUUUGCAGUUGAACCAAACCUGAAAAGGGUGGAGUGUUUGGUGAAGAAAGAUGGGACAAGAUUGAAGUAUCUUCUGGAGUUUAGAAGAAUGAGAGCUGACGUCAUUAAAACAUACAUGAUCCUGAGGGGCUUUAACAUAGUGGAUGUAGAUAGAAUAUUUCUUCUUCCAAGAUAAUCUAAAACUAGGGGGUCAUUAUUUGAAAAUAAUGUCUAUUUAAGGUAGAGAUGAGCCAUGUAUUUUUCUCCUGCACAAAGUGUGAUGGAAGCAGCUUCUUUAAAUAUUUUUAAUGUAGAGAUAUGCAGGUAUGAAACAUUAAAUAUUCCAAAAGCAUGUUAUAUGUUCUUAAAGAUGUUUGCAACAUUCAGUGCCAAGUAUAUAGGCAAAAUAGGUCACUGUAGAAUCUGUACUUGUUAAGGUUACACCACUCCUGUUAACAUUCUCGGUGAAUUAUUCGGAGCACAUGACAACUCAUAAAACAAAGAGUGUGGCUCUUAUGAAGCAGCACUGUGAAUAUGAAAUUUCAUCAAGUCCAGCAUGACACUAAGAGAUUAUUAGAUCAGAAAGAGUUUAAGUCAUAGAGUCAUAGAGUGAUACAGUGUGGAAACAGGCCCUUCGGCCCACACUGGCCAACAUGUCCCAGCUACACUAGCCCCACCUGCCUGCAUUUGGUCCAUAUCCCUCCAAACCUGUCCUAUCCAUGUACCUGUCUAACUGUUUCUUAAAUGUUGUGAUGGUCCCUGCCUGAACUACUUCGUCUGGCAGCUUGUUCCAUACACCCACCACUGUUUGCGUAAGAAGGUUCCCCCUCAGAUUCCUAUUAAAUCUUUUCUCCUUCACCUUAAACAUAUGUCUUUUGGUCCUCUGGCAAGACACUCUGUGCAUCUACCUGAUCUAUUCCUCUCAUGAUCUUAUAUACCUUAAUAAUAUCACCCCUAAUCCUCCUGGGCUCCACGGAAUAGGGUCUCAGCCUACUCAACUUCCUCCUAUAGAUCAGAUCCUGUAGCCCUGGCAACAUCCUUGUAAAUCUUCUCCGCACCCUUUCCAGGAAGUUGGCUCAAUUUGCAUUUUCACCAAAUGACAGUGAUUGGAAGAUCUUAGCAUGUGGUAGAGCAUGUUUAACAUGCUAGCUAUCAAUGUUGCCUGAGCUCCAAUCCUGACAUACAAUUGCAUUGGGCUACACGAUAAAUUCCGUGUAAUUAAAUUACUAUGUGACUGUGAAGAAUUAUAGUUUUACUUCAGCUUCUUUGCAAGAUGAAUUUUGUCUGGAAUAUCUAGUGAAAUUAAAUUCUCAUGUUGAGAAAAUAUAUUGUUACAUUUAUGAACUGUAUAUUGCCGUAGUAGGUGCCAUUUUUUAGUUUUUUCCUAUUUGUUUUGACACAAAAUUCCUUUUUUAAAUUGCUCUUUCUGCCCCAAUGUCAGCUGAAUCAAUGGAACCCCCUACCUCCCAAUGAAUUGUUAAUCUACUUCCAAUUAUUUCAUUAUUACCAAUCUGAAACAUCCAGCUGAAUGUGAUUUGGUUCAUCUAUAUGAAUAUCCCACUUGUUCAUCCUUUUGUGCAAUUAUUUGGACUCUGUGUGAUACUUCAUGGAAAUAGAAAACAGUUACAGCAUUCUACUGGUAAUUGUUAACUUUUCACUAGGGAUCACCCAAAUCCUGUUACGUAUAAUAAUGCGUGUUCCACAUUUCCUUGGAAUCUGUCGCCUUUACUCUCGCGCUUAUGAAAUCAAAGUAAUGGUAAACCUUAUUAAUUGCUUCAUUCUUUAAAAAAAAAAAAUGGAAUUAACUGAUAUGUUGGUUCAAAAAGCUAAGAGGAGAUCUGGUGAUUAUAACAAAUAUGUCUUAACUUACUUAAUAUGUACUUGAAUGAUAUUCUGUGGCUGGAUUGCUGAAGAGUUAUGACAAGGUUUUAUAGGAAGAGAAACCAAAUUAAUGUUUCAGACCGAGGACUCAAGGUCAGAACUGAUGAAGUUCUUAUGAUGAGCCUCCAACCUAAUAUGUUGACUCUGCUUAUCUUCCAACAGGUACGGCCAGACCUGUUGCCUAUUUACAACACUUCGUUUAGAUUUUAAAUGUCCAGCAUCCGCAGGAUUUUAAUUUUAUUUUCAGUUAUAACAAAGACUCUUUUUAUUGGUGUUAACUUUUAUCAGGUUCCAUUUCAUUUUCAACUUUAACAUUAUAAUAAUUGUAGUCUUGUAUUACAUACAUACUGCCUUUCUUUUUAAUAAAACCCACACACUUUGAAACAUGCCAUUCACGAGAUUCAUUUUCUCAAAAAUUACAAAGAAUUUAUCCAUACUGAAGAGGACUGGCAAACUAGAAGUAGAAACAGAUACAGAAAAGGAUGUAUUUGGAGUGAAAAUUGAUAAGCUGAAUGCAUUGCAAAGGUUGACAAUGCUUGUAGUCAAUGUCACCUGGUUCGAUUGUCUUGCAUCAUAGAUUGCUGAGAGAAUUGGAAGUGAAGAUGGUGGAAUAUCUUGGCAUAAUCUUCUGACUUUUCUUGUGCGUGGUGGAUGUAUCAAAGAAUUGGAAAAUGGCAAACAUAGCACCCUUGGGAGGAUGCAAGGACAUUCAUGGUAACUAGGGUAUUCAGUUUAACAUUAUAGACAAUAGGUUCAGGAGUAGGCCAUUCAGCCCUUCGAACCAGCACCGCCAUUCAAUGUGAUCAUGGCUGAUCGUCCCCAAAUAGUACCCCAUUCCUGCCUUCUCCCCAUAUCCCCUUUCUUCACUAUCUUUAAGAGCCCUAUCUAGCUCUCUCUUGAAAGUAUCCAGAGAACCGGCCUCCACCACCCUCUGAGGCAGAGAAUUCCACAGACUGACAACUCUCUGUGAGAAAAAGUGUUUCCUCGUCUCCGUUCUAAAUGGCUUGCCCCUUAUUCUGAAACUGUGGCCACUGGUUCUGGACUCCCUCAACAUUGGAACAUGUUUCCUGCCACUAGCGUGUCUACACCCUGAACAAUCUAUAUGCUUCAAUAAGAUCCCCUCUCAUCCUAAACUCCAGAGUGUACAAGCCCAGCCGCUCCAUUCUGUCAGAGUGGUUGUGGAACGUUGAAAUGUUAAAGAAGUUGAUGAAUUGGAUGGUUCUUAUGGAUUUAAACAAAACAUUUGACAAGGUCUCACAUAAAAUGAUUGUUAAAACUGAUACUUAUGCUAAAAGGUUGUUAGUGCAGCUUGGGGUUAAACAUUUUUUUUCAUAGAGCAUAGAACAGGCCCAUCAGACAAACCUUAUCUACCUCUACAUAAUCCACAAUCCCUCCAUUCCCUACAUAUCUGUAUGUCUAUCCAAAAGCCUCUUCAAUGUGACUAUCAUAUCUACCUCCACCACUAACCCUGUCAGCACAUGUCAGGUACUCGCCACCCUCUAUGUAAAAACAAAAAUAAAUGUCCCACCUAUCACCUUUAAACUUUGCCCCCCUCUAAUAUUUGCUUUUUUUUCUCUAUCUUGGAAAAAGGUUCUACCUGUGGCAUUCCAGAAAAAAAUAUCCGUUUCUCUAUCUACUGCUUGGUAUUGGGGGUCUAUAGUACAAUCCCAUCACAGCCCUUCACAUUCUCACUUGGUUCUCCGUUCUCCUCGAAACUUAUUAAGUCAGUAAUAUUCUGCAGGCUUCAAUAGUGCUCAAUUUGAUGGAAGCCAAGUAUGAACUGCUCAUUUUAUAAAUGCACAUAUUGCAUGCCUCAUAACACUUUGUAUCACAUUGGGGUCAGUUUGUCAGCUUUAAGAAAUAUUACAAUAUUCUUUAAUCCAACACUUCUAUAUGGAGAGGGGAGAGAGAGGUGAAACUUCAUGGACUGAGUAUUUCCAAUCAAUUGGAGAGCUUUAUUUCCCGUAGAAAGUAUUAAACAGUAUGGGGCUCUCGUCAUGAAUAACUAAUUCCAGUCUAGAUCUGCUUA